AUGUCUGCGACAGCCUUUUACGUCGCGAAGAUGAAGAACCUACCGGCGCGGUAUGGCAUCUCGCGCAACAUGCAGUCCCUUCUCAGAUCGCUCGAUGACCACCACACCGGAGCUAUCGACGACCAGCAGCUGGGUCGUGUCGUGCGAAUGUCGCCAAACAUGCGAAAAGCCGUCACUGAAACCAUCGCCAAACUGGCGUCUAUCAUGGAGAAAGAACCCGCCGAGAUCAAGGACUGCCUUGCCUUGAUCAAGAAUUGUACCGAAAUCCUCGCUGCCGCAGAUAAAGAUGUCGAUGUCAAGGGGUUUGAUUUCAUGAAGCUUCCGACCUUGAUCCGACACGAUAUUUACUGUUGGUACCUCAAUGUAUUCAGAUGGCACAACUCCGGCACUCUCAUCCACUUGAACAAGGUACAAGAUUGCGCGUGCAACUCCCACAAUCCGUCUUGGCACACGGAGCAUCGCUCUCGCGUGAACGUCAACCUUGCGCUGGCCUGCAAGAAUGUGAAGGACGAGAUGCUCCCCAUAGUCUACAGUAGAUACACUUUCUACUUCAGCUGCUCUUGUGAGAUGAACCGCCGCUUGGCAGAGAACGCCAUGCUUGCAGAACAGGUCCGAAGCAUCAAGGUCCACUGGUGCGGUCCGAUAUCCCACGAAGCUUUCAAGAAGCUCGGUAACUGCCCUUCGCUGAAGGACUUGCAUAUUGUCAUCUCCAGGGUCACUACCAACUGGGUGAACAAGAGGGAGACUGUGAUGCGCCUGCAUUUCCAGGGCAUGCGUCAGGUUCGCUUGUAUGACGCCCUCGGGUUGGACGAGCUCUGUGAUCUGGGGAAGGUGUUGGACACGGUGGAUGUUCUUCACAUCCAGACCAAGCAAGCUCAUCGCCGCACCGACGAGGACAAGAGAUCACUACAGUCUCUCCUAUCGCAUAAACUACUCAAGUAA